AUGCAAAAUGAUAGACUUUCAAAUAUCCAUGGUAUCCAAUCCUAUUGUGAGUAUCAAACAGAGGCCGCUACGCCAUUUGGAACACAGAAUAUGCAAGAACAUCUAUAUGCAGCAAAGUUGGCGAAAGUCAGAGAAAGAUCAGCAGGUUUACAGCGGCUCAACGACGAUGCAUUAUUUGAGCUCGGAUCUGAUAUCGGCUCCCCCGACUUGAAUCGCACAAGAAGCAUGCGUGGUCUUCCCGUCUUCUUUCUCUUCGACUAA